GUGCGUUGUUGAUUUUGCUUUUGCAGGCGGUCCGCGCGAAGGGGGCACCUCUUCAGAAUUGCUGGGGUUUCGUUGAUGGAACGGCCCGCCCCAUCUGCCGACCCACGGAGGACCAGCGGCUUUAUUUCUCUGGCCACAAGCGUGUGCACGCCAUCAAGUACCAGGGCGUCAUGUGUGCCAACGGCAUCAUCGUGGAGAUGAAUGGCCCUUACCCGGGACACCGACACGACGCCGGUAUCCUGCGGCUGAGCGGCCUUUAUGAAAGGCUUGAGGACCUCGUGCAGGGCAGCGUAUACACGAUCUACGGUGACCCUGCCUAUCCUUUGCGGCCUUUGUUGCAGAAACCAUUCAUGGGUGCUAGCUUGACUGCCGCAGAGCAGAACUUUAACAAAAAAAUGAGCAGCGUGAGGCAAGCAGUAGAAUGGGGCUUUGGGAAAGUGUCAACUCUCUUCGCUUUUGUAGAUUUCAAAAAAAAUCAGAAGCACAGGCUGCAGCGCGUGAGCGAUAUGUAUCAGGCUGCAACACUGUUAACAAACUGCCACACGUGCCUGUAUGGCAGCCAAACCUCCACGUACUUUCAGCUGUCUCCGCCGACGCUGGAUGAAUAUCUUUCACCUCGUUAUUGACUUCGUAUAAUUUGAAUUCUUUUUGUGCAAUCU